GCACUGAGCGAGUUGCCUACCUGAUGCCCCCAAGAACGCGAGCUCGAGCAAGUCACGUGGUCUCUUGAACGCGAAGGAUGUUUCUGGGAUCGCGAAGUCAGUACUCGACGGGCCGUCCUCCGAGCUGGAGGAAAAAAGACGGAGGUGAACGAGAAGGUGCAAUCUCGUGGAGACCCCUUGUGGAGGGAGGGAAACAUAGAGAGAGAGAGAGAGAGAGAGAGAGAGAGGACUUCGAAGAGUAGUAGUAGUAGGGAGGAUAUCUUGCGAAGGAAGCCGCUCGAUCGUUGGAUACCUCAACACUUCCACCGAUAUGCGUUAACCGAGAACGAUAUCUUUUCGAAAGUUUUUUUUCAUGUGAUUUUCUUUCUCCUUUGCUAUUACGUGAAUAUUCUUUCGAAUAAUUUGAUAAAAUUUCUCGUUAAUUUUUUACGUUUUCUGAGGAUACAUUUUUCAAUCGAAAUAUUUGCAUCGAAUUGUACAACGUAAAAUGAAAGGGAUAUAUUCCUUGUGUCCUUUUUCAAUAAAAUAUUACUUACUUGACCAAAACGAGAAGAAAUUGAUCUGAUCAAUCCAAAAAUUCAUUCGGUGAAGGAGGAUAAGCUUCUGCAAAAGAAAGGAAUAAUAGAGGAAGAACUACGAGAUUUUGGAGUAAGAGAAAAAGAAUAGAAUCAAGAGUGAGAUAUCAAAGGAGAAGGAGAGAGAAAGAGAGAGAGAGAGAGAGGGGGAGAGAGAGAGAUAAAGAGAGAAAGAUAGCGGAAACGAAUUAAGAAUACUACCACGCUUUAAAAGAUCUUUGGACACUCGCGAAUUAAACGAAUCCUAUUAUUUUCUUUGGCUUUAUUUUUAUUCUAAAAAUACAAUUUCGUAACGUACGAACAGAAAAGAACAAAGAAAAAAGGAAGACGAGGAAAGGAAAAAGAAAAAAAUAGAUUGGAAAGACUAUCGAAUGAUUUCCUGGUAACUAUUUAUAUCGCGUCAAGCCGAUGACGCAUCUUGUAGAACACCACCGAAGUUACGACGACGUGCUACAACGAGAUUCUUCGUAGAUACGAAGUCUGAGGAUGUGUUUGUAACAAACGAAGAAAACAACGUAGGCGUCUUUUGCUACAUCGAGAAAGAUUGCUGGAUACUCUGCAUGCACUGAUGUUUGAUUUAGAAAGAAAGAAAGAAAGGUGCGAUGUAAUUGGGUUAAGAUAAGCCAUAUCUAUUUCUCGUUAUCACGAAAGCAUAGUAGAUUUCUAUUUGAAAGAAAAAAUUUUUAUAUAUUCGACGAUAGUCGAAAUAAAAUGCAGUUAGCAGCAACUCAAAGACCUCACCCACCACCGGUACCACCUAGACCAAGUCGACAGGUGGUAGCUGAAGCAUUGAAAAGAUCACCUAGACCACCCUGUCCUACUAGACAAGCACCUCCACCUCCUAAUACCAAACCUUGGAGAUCUGAUCGUGAUCAGAAUGAUCAACAACAGCAACAACAACAACAGGGAUGUCCAGGUGGUGGACGUACCAUAAUCUACGAAUCCAUCAAAGAAUCUACGAAAGCAGAAAGAAACGAUAGUCUUCCAACAAAUACUGGCACGGUUCAGCUCGCUGACAAGCAUCAGCAGCAGCUGCAACAGCAACAGAGUCAUGUAUCGAGUGAAAGGAACGACUACGACGGCGACCGUCGUGAAAAUCCACGAGAAAGACGGCACCGUCAACUUAUCCUCGAGCAAAAUGAUAUUUCCACAGAGCCGGUGGUCGUACGAGAAAAAAGAGGAGGAGAAGGAGCAGGAGGAGCCACUAUUGAAGAUCCUCGACCGGAGGGACAACGCCUUGAAAAUCGUGCCGAUUUCAAGGAUUUCAAAGAUCAAUUUAAUUCCUUAGGUCGACGAUCACCUGGAAAAACAGAUGGUGACUUACCCAGCACUAAAGUCGAUUUCGAGAUAUUGGACAAGGAAGAGCAUGCGUCGAUAGAGAUUACAAAAAAUCCUACUAGGUCAAACGUUUCGUUCGAAGACGAACGUCGUCCAAGCCCUGAAACGAAAAUACUAACAAGUAACGAUAUAGGAUUUAGAGGACGGCUAAGGAUCAGGCCUGAGAAAUCCUUGAACAUGGAAAAGACGAUGAGCAAGUUUGAUGGACGACCUACGCCCACGCGAAGAUCACCUGCUGGUAACCAACAAUCAACCGCUUCAUCUCGAAAAGACUCUGUUUCCAACGAGAAUCGUAAUAAUAACAAUAAUAAUAAUAAUAAUAGUAUCCAUAUUAAUAACAACAAUAACAAUAAUAAUAAUAAUAAUAAUAAUAAUAAUAAUAAUAAUAAUAAUAAUAAUAAUAAUAAUAAUGAUGAUGAUGAUGAUGGUGAUGAUAAUGAACAAAAUGAGAAAGAGUCGAGUGUAACAGACGAGAAACAUGGAACAGUAGUCGUGGUUGACGAAUCUGAACAUAGUAAAGCCACGUACAAUGAGGAGGACAACGACAAUAACAUUCAUCGACAGGAUUGGCUCGAGGCCGGUAUCCGUUAUUCCUCCACGCAGAUCACUUUGCAGGGAGACGAAGGUGCCGACGGUCUCCUCUCAUCUUCGUCCGUUGACGUCGAACGCGUUAAUGGAUACGACGAUCGUCCCGAGGACGAACGCACCGUCGACCUUGACUUCGUCAGCAUACAGGAGAGGAUCGCGAUGUCUUCCCUGCAGGGGCUGCCACCGUUGCCGAGGAGCCUCAGUGGAUUUAAUUUGAGUGGAGCUUCUGAGCCACCCCCACCACCUACGAGGUCAUCCAGCAAAUCACAAAGAGGCGGGAAAACGUCAGUUCAAACUUCUACCUCGAGACCUUCUCCACCUGCGAGACAACUUACUACGUUGGAUACUCAACUGGCGAUACUUAGAAGAGAAAUGUUUGGUCUACGACAACUGGAUCUUUCUUUGCUUUCGCAACUUUGGUCCCUGAACGAAUCAAUCCAAGAAUUUCGACAACUCUUGCAGGAACAAGAAGACAGAGCUCCAUCGCCAUCGCCAAGUAGCGAGGAAGGAGACGAUACUUCGUAUGGGACACAUCCACCACCAGCACCUAGAAGACCAGCACCUGUGGUGCAUCAUCAUCGACCACCUAGGCCACCCAGACCACCAAGACCACCACCCAGCGACGAGUCACCGUCUAGCGAGGAAUACGGAGCUGUUUGACGGAUGAUACUUCGUAAAAGGACGAAAAGAUCUUCUCCGCUGUGUUCCCCAAACUCUAUAGAGUUCCUGUAAAAGAGAAAAUCUGCAAAGAAAAGAAGAGGAAAGAAAGAAAGAAAGAAAGAAAGAAAGAAAGAAAGAAAGAAAGAAAGAAAGAAAGAAAGAAAGAAAGAAAGAAAGAAAGAUGCUAGCUAAAUCCUUUUACGAAGUUUUCUCUUUCUCUCUUUCUUUCUCUGUCUCUUUCUCUUUGUCGUUGAAAGAGCGCCUCUGGUGAUGAAGGAAGAAGGAUCUUAGUUGAAAUUCAAUUAAAGAUAAGCUAUUAUCGCUUCGAUCAAAGAGUCUAUAUCGUUUGCGAGAGAAAGAAUAUUAAUAUAAAAGAAGAAGAAGAAGAAGAAGAAAAAUGAUGAAUGAAUGAAUGAAUAUCACGAAAGCCAUGUGUUCAAGGCUGCCUACCUCUAAGCAUUACAUCGAUUUUAAACGUUUUAUUGAAAGACGCGCCGUGUGUUGUUCGUACAAGAGUGGAAGUCAAUUAGUAAACAAAUUUUGUCCGUACGUCGGAAGUCACACAUACGUGAUAAUCUGAUGUUAUAUACCUAUGUAUGUAUGUACAUAUAUAUCACGGACCGUUUUUGUGACUUAUAUUAUCCGAGAAAGUCUCUUCUAAAGCUACAUAGACCACAUUGAUCUUAAUCACAGACAACGAUACUAUUCUUUAUUCAAGCUAUUAGAUAAGAAAAAUACUCUUCUUGCUGUUUCACGGUUAGUGUUAUUAAAGAGCCUUCGAUAAGCGGCAA